AUGCAGACUAAUGUUGAGAGUUCAUCAAAGAAGGAAACAUUUUUUAAAGCUUCAAAGAAGGGUAAAGAAAAGAAGCAAAAUUCCAGUGAGAUUUUAGAAGAAGACUCUGAGGAUGAAGCGACACAUCUUGUUAGGAAGCUGAAAAGAGGCUUUGGUAAAUACAAAGGCAAGCUGCCAUUAAAGUGCUUCAACUGUGAGAAAAUUGGUCACUUUGCAUCAAAGUGUCCUUAUGAAAAAGAGAAUGACGACAAUGGUAAAAAAGAAUCAAGAUUCAAAAACAAUAAGAAGUUUGUGAAAAGAGAAAGGAAGUCUCAAAAAUUUAAGAGAAGUCUCUAUUCCAAGGAAGACAUUGACUCUUCUCCUUGUAGUGAAGAAGAGAAUCAGAAUGAUGAAAUCUUGUUCAUGGUUGUUGAAGACAUUCAAGAAGAGGUAGACUAUUUUGAUGAAGAAGAUGUGGAGGUUGAUCUUAAACAAGAGCUGAUUAGUGCUUUUAGUGAGAUAAAGAGAUUAAAAAAGAAAAAUCAGAAUCUUGAGAUACUGCUACAGGAAGAAAACAACAAAGUUUCUGAGAAUAAUGUUGCACUAGAAGCUACUGGAAAACUUAAUGAAGACAUUAGAGUGCAGAUUGAAGAAGGUAAAAAGAUUGAAGAAGAUCUUAGAAAAUAA